CAUCCGGCUUCACAGUUUAAGAGCAGCCGUCGUCGCGCUUUUACUUCACUGUUCUCCCGUUCAGAAAAACUACAAGAAAAAAUGGCCAGAACCAAGCAGACCGCCCGUAAAUCCACCGGAGGCAAAGCGCCCAGGAAGCAGCUGGCCACCAAGGCCGCCCGUAAGAGCGCCCCGGCCACCGGCGGCGUCAAGAAGCCUCACCGCUACAGGCCCGGUACCGUGGCUCUCCGAGAGAUCCGUCGCUACCAGAAGUCCACCGAGCUGCUGAUCCGCAAACUGCCCUUCCAGCGCCUGGUCAGGGAGAUCGCCCAGGACUUCAAGACCGACCUGCGCUUCCAGAGCUCGGCCGUCAUGGCUCUGCAGGAGGCCAGCGAGGCUUAUCUGGUCGGUCUGUUCGAGGACACCAACCUGUGCGCCAUCCACGCCAAGAGGGUCACCAUCAUGCCCAAAGACAUCCAGCUGGCCCGGCGCAUCCGCGGGGAGAGGGCUUAGACGGUCCGCUCCGUAGCAAACAAAGGCUCUUUUAAGAGCCACUACAUCAACUAAAGAGAUGUUUCUAAUGAACAAUAGGAAUAAUGGUAGUUAAUACAGUAUUUCUGUGAAGUGAACACAUUAGAUGCUUCAUGAACCGCUCCCUUAUUUAGUUCAGCGGGUUUUUUUGUUCCCGUGACGCAACAGGACGUGAGCACAGAAACUCAGAUCACAUUAGACACGUUGCUUUUGUUCGUGUUUGCUGUCCUAUUCGAUGUGACGUAUAGCUAAUGCUAACGUAGCUGAGCUAACUGUAAACGUUGGUCAAACGUGUUUGCGAAUAAUGGGCAUUACACAAACGAACACCAGGAGAAAUUAAUUUGUAGGGUUUUUAAGACGUUUUAUUGGUUCUCUGUGUAGGUCUCAGUUUUAAAGUUUACAUGGAUUUAAUUUGUCCCACGGUCCAAAGGUGAUUCAGUUCAGACACUUUUUACUUGUCAUCCAGAGACGAGUCAUUAACCAAACACUGUCUCAGUGGUGGCACUAGAAACACAACACUUAAAAAAGACAAGAAUUAUAAUAAAGUCGUGCUGGUUUGAUGAUUGCGGAUGCUCAACCUCAGAUGUGCAGUCAUGCAGGCUUAAAAUAUACCAGAUAUAUAUAUUUAUAAAUAAGAUGUCAGAUCAGCAGGCUCAUGACCCACAAGGUGUUUUAUGACUUUUAAAUGUGAAUCAGUGGUUCCAAACUUUAGGUCUUUACAUUUUAAUUGGUUGUAAAACCAGGUUUUAAUGAGGUUGUAAAUGUGAGUGAUCGAAUCUGAACCACUUAAAUAACCUUCAUAUCAUUUCAGUGACAGCAAAGCACAAGCUCAUGGUGUCUAGACUCAACCUUCACUUCUGUGUUUGACAUCGAGCUCCACAGAAAAAAAGAGGAACUCAAACACAACAAAGGAGUGAAGAACAGUUUCCCGUUCAAAAUGAAAACCUCCGUUUGUGUCUGGUUUUGUCUGAGGUGUAAUAAAAACAAUAUUAACAA